UAAACGUCAAUUCCACUUCCAAUUCAUUUACCAAGUACAUCCAUAAUCCAUAUAUAUUAUAAUUCUCUUUGACCAAGUAUCAAAUUUUCAUAUAUAUCAUAGAGUAAGUAAUAUACAAAGUAAGAAUAUGUAUUAUAAUUAUCUUUGCAUUUUUCUUCCUUCAAUUAUUAAUCAAUACUGAUAUCCAAAUAACAUUUAUUUUACGUAUUUACAAUACUUUUGAAAAUGUUAUCGGGCUAGUUUAGGGGCUAUUGCUCUGGUGACAUUUUUGUGAUCAAAAUAAUUUAGCGUAUUUUAAUUUGUUGGUAAAAUUUUUCAUUUAAUAAAUAAGUUCUGAAGCAGCUAUUUCAAAAUGCCUCCAGAGAGAAAGUUUAAUAGAUUUGCUGGCAGAACAUAUGAUCCAAUAAAAAUAGCAUCUAUUGAUGGCACCGACACAGAGCCCCACGACCGCGCGGUUGUGAGAGCUAUAAACUCAAAAUACACACCAAAUAAGUCAUUAAGAGGAGAUCCAAGAAACACAUUAUUUGUGGGGAGGCUUAAUCCUAGAACUACGGAGGAUACACUUCUUGCAGAAUUUGGUGUACAUGGGAGAAUACUAAAGUGUCGUAUAGUGAGAGAUAUUGUUACUGGAAAUUCUAAACAGUAUGCUUUCAUUGAAUAUGAUAAUGCAAACAAUGCACAAAAAGCAUAUGACAAAAUGGACAAGGAGUAUAUUGAUGGGGCAGAGAUCAUUGUGGAUUGGGAGGUUGGGAGGCUAAUGCGUGGGUGGAAGCCCAGACGGUUGGGUGGGGGAUUUGGUGGAAAAAAAGAGUCUGGACAGCUGCGAUUUGGCUGUAGAGACAGACCUUUUUGGGAACCACUGCCUCUUAUUGCAGAAACUAACACAAAAAAAGAUUUCAAUAGACAAAAGAAAAAGUAAAUAAA